GCCUUAUCCAGGACAUAAAAACUGUGCCAGCCUCUCAACCAGGGACACAGGCUUUCUCCGGUCGGCUCAACUCAGAACCGUUUCUGCGGUGACGAUGGCCACCUUCGUGGAGCUCAGCACCAAAGCCAAGAUGCCCAUCGUGGGCCUGGGCACCUGGCAGUCUCCCCCAGGCAGAGUCAAAGAAGCUGUGAAGGUGGCCAUUGACGCAGGCUACCGCCACAUUGACUGUGCAUUUGCCUACCAGAAUGAGAACGAGGUGGGAGAAGCCAUCCAAGAGAAGAUCCAAGAGAAGGCUGUGAAGCGGGAAGACCUCUUCAUUGUUAGCAAGCUGUGGCCCACCUUCUUUGAGAAAAGCCUGGUGAAGGAAGGUUUUCGGAAGACCCUCACAGACCUGAAACUGGACUACCUGGACCUGUAUCUCAUCCACUGGCCGCAGGGAUUUCAGUCUGGGAAGGAGAUAUUCCCCAAAGACGAGAAAGGAAAUAUUAUCACCAGCAAAUUUACAUUCUUGGAUGCCUGGGAGGCCAUGGAGGAACUGGUGGACGAGGGGCUCGUGAAAGCCCUGGGCAUCUCCAAUUUCAACCGCUCCCAGAUUGAAAGACUCUUGAAGAAGCCCGGAUUGAAACAUAAACCAGUGACCAAUCAGGUUGAGUGUCACCCAUACCUCACCCAGGAAAAACUGCUCCAGUACUGCCUCUCCAAGGGCAUCACCCUGACUGCCUACAGCCCCCUGGGAAGUCCAGCAAGACCUUGGGCCAAGCCAGACGAUCCAUCACUACUGGAUGAUCCCAAAAUUAAGGAGAUUGCUGCAAAGCACAAGAAAACUGCAGUCCAGGUUCUGAUCCGGUUCCACAUCCAGAGGAAUGUGGCAGUGAUCCCCAAGUCUGUGACCCCUGCACGCAUAGUUGAGAACUUUCAGGUUUUUGACUUCAAGUUGAGUGAUGAGGAAAUGGCCACCAUACUCAGCUUUAACAGGAACUGGAGGGUCUGCACUGGGAUUGUGAUGACGAAUAUGGAGGAAUUUCCUUUCUACGCAGAAUACUGAAGCUUAAUCACUUGAGGUUACCUGUCGGACCCUCUCUUCUCACUGAUGUGCGGCUCAGUCCUCCCGCGUGCUGUGUUAGCCACGCCUGCCUGAUGUCAUACUUGGGGCCUGCUUUGAUGUACGCAGUAACUCCAGGCCAUGCUGUACUUAAAUCCUUGCAUUCAACCAGGACCACACUGUGAGAUGUGACUCAGAGAAGCAAAUAAUAAUUUCUUUCACUAAUUUGAUCUGACACAUACGUUUGUCAGACACCAGGUCCUCUGGCAACACUGUGGACAUGAAAAUAAAGUAAUAAAAAUAAUGGUAACUGAAGGAACCCCAAGAGGGGACCCCACGCUCUGCCCGGAUAUGGCGACACCCCAAAU